CAUGUCAGAGAACCAGAAGGCAAAGGAGUUGGUACCUGCAGGACAAAAGGUCUGGAUCGGCCUUUUCAGAGACUCCUGGAAGUGGACGGAUGGAAGUAACUCCUCAUUUAGACACUGGAAUACAAAUGAACCCAAUAAUUAUGUCAAAAAUGAAACUUGUGUGGCAGCAAACUUUGGAUCAGCUGGACGAUGGGAGGACUGGAACUGUGACCGGAUGACAGCAUUUGUUUGCUACAGUGAUCCUGCUUACAAGCAAGUGGUGAGGCUGAGAAUGGAGAAAAACAACAAUCAGGAUCUGAAUGACCCUGCAGUGAUGGCAGCCAUGCUGGAACAGUUCAAACAGAAGCUGAAGAAUAACGGUGUGAAAGGAGGCAUCGAACUGAGCUGGAGGAAGCAGUCAGACGGGGAGGUCUUCCACAGGGAUGAAAAGGAAACAAAGAACACAGCCUGAAAUAACGAGUUUUAAAUGUUGAUCAGGGCGCGUGUAUUGUUUUUUUUUGUUAUUUUCAGCGCAUUGUGUUCUGCGUCCUGAUUGGCUGUAGACCAUUGUCAAUCAAUCUCGU